AGCCUUAGUUUAAAAAUUUGCCCCUCCACUUUGGCGUUCCAGCUUUCCAAAAUCUCCGGAAGAGCUUCAAGCUCUUAUUUUAAUCUCCUAUAUUCCCACCAAUGACAGUGAUCAGUUCCUUCUCGAAGCGCCUGGGCUCAGUAGUGAAGGAGAUUGGGCAAAAGCAAGGAUUCGGGGGCUGGUACGGGCCGCAUAUGGCUGCUGCUGAUCGUGCGAUCCGGGAGAGGAUCUCUAUGGUUGAUCUCGUUGUAGAGGUGCGAGAUGCGAGGAUCCCCAUUGCAUCUGCUUUUGAAUCAGCUAGGCAUGAUAUACAUUCCAGUAAGCAUAUGAUUAUUCUAAACAAGAUGGAUCUAGCAGAUUGCUCUCGUACAGAGGAGUGGACCAUGCAUUUUCAGAAGCAGAAUCAUAUCUGUCUUGGAGUGAAUUCCCACAACAAUGAUAGUAUCAAGCAGCUGUUAAAUGUUGUAAAGAAAAGAACUAAGGACUUGAAAGUUGAUGAUAUAAAGGAUACUGCAACUGCAACAGUAUUAUUGGUCGGGAUUCCAAAUGUGGGAAAAUCAGCCAUUGCCAAUUCUAUGCAUCUCAUUGGCAGGAUAGAUGCAGCAGAGAAAGGAAAAUUGAAGCACGCAGUGGUGAGUCCACAGCCUGGAGAGACUAGAGACAUUAGUAGUUAUAAGAUUGCCAGCCAUCCCAACAUAUAUGUAUUUGACACGCCAGGUGUUCUGUCUGCUGAAAUUGCUGAUGCUGACUCUGGUUCCAAGCUUGCCUUGACAGGUGCCAUCAAGGAUUCACUGAUAGGUGAAUGUAAUCUUGCUCGGUUUUUAUUAGCUGUCCUCAGCUCUUCAGAUGUAUAUAAACGCUGGGAGGGCCUGAAAUGUGCAUGUGAUCAGAUGUUGUCAUCAGACACCCAAGCCGGAAAGCUUGUUGGUUCUGACCAAAAGAGAAGAAGGCGGUAUGAUUCAGAUCAUACACAGGAUUUCAUUGUCAAAAAUGUACGCCAAACACUUUUCAAGUGCAUCUCAUCAUCUAAGCUGCAUCUAGAAAAAGAAGAAGAAAUGGAGAGAUUCAUUGAUGCUGCGUUUACUGCAUUAUGCGAACCUUUAAGAAUCUUAAAUGAAUCAGAAGAAAACAGAGAUAAUGCUGUUGCUUUGAAGUUACUUAAUCUUUAUCGAACUGGAAGGCUUGGUCGUUAUACCUUAGAUCUCGUUCCAAGAAAUGCUCAAGUCUCCCUUGACUAACAAAAGGGGUUCUCCUGGCAUAUAACAUUGACAAGAUCAAGAAUUUACAUUAUUUCAGAGGUUUAUCAUGGAAACUUGACUUGGAGAGAUGGAUGAGUAUUUACAUUCUACAUGAUACUGGGUCCAUUUGGAUAUACUCAACUCCUCUUGUGGCAGUAUUUGGGUAAGCUUUAACUCAGGUUUUAUAACCAUUCUCCUUCGUCGGUAGUAUCCUUUCAAGUAAUUUGUUAGAUGAGAAAUUAGCUUCUUGUUGAAUUUCAGCAGUGCUUGUUUUUUAUGUAAAUAACAUGUGGUGCGUAGUUUUGGCACUUUGUAGUAAGCUGUGUCAACUAGUCACUUACUAGCUUUUUUAUUUGAUAUGUGCUAGGAUAAGGACUUUUGUUAUUGGAUGGUGGAGACUCACAACUGCUGAGGGUAGGGGUAUGCAGAGCCCAGUGAAGGCCCAUAGUUUAGAUUUCUAAAGCAAUUGAAGGAUUCUCACUGUCCUAGAUCUUUCCCAUGCCCAAACAUUUCUCUUCAAUUUCAAGUUUCUCGGAUGAUGAUGAUGUUUCCUUUAUGAUACCUUUAGAUUCAACUACGUUGUGUUUAAGCACUUUGCUUUUUUUUUUUCCUUUUAUUCUGAUUAAAAAAUAAGAUUUGUUCAGAGAAUACUUUUUUAUUCUCAUCAUGAAUACUUUUUUUUUUUCAUAUAAACCUUUUUUAAGAAUAGUUUCAUUAUUUUUCUUAUGAUUAUUUCUAAAAUUAUGGUUUCAUAAAUAUACUAUGGCCUCGUUUGUUUCAGCUUUAUUAUGCCGUUUCCAAUUCAAACCGCAAAAACAUUUAGGUAAGUACUGUUUGUCUACAUGCCUUUUCUAUAAUACAUCUUCCUAUUAUUCCAUAAUUCCGCCGGUCUGAAAAGGGAAAAAAUUCCGCUUACUCCGUCUAGACGAGCUUAUGCAAAAAGAGCGCAUGAAUCAAACGAGGCCUAUAUUAGUUUCUUUAUCUCAUGUCAUGAUUGUUCUAUAGGUUUAAUGUUUGUUGUCAAGUACCUAACGGAACCUUCACUUUUCUCAUCCUGGGUUUGGAACCCAACAAUGAUGGUGGAAGAUACGAUUAAAGAGUCACCUUAGAUGAUUUGGUCACAUAAAACAUCAUUGUUCUGAUAACCCUGUUAGUAUAGUAGAUGUAUUAAAUUCAGCCUAUGUUAAGAAAGGUAGAGGUAGACCUAAAAAGACUUAAUUAAAAAGUAUUAAAAAUGAUAUUUUCAUUAUAUUUAAAUGAGAAUUUAACUUUUAAUAGGAGACAAGGGAGAAAAACAUCUUGUAGCCGAACCCACUGUGGGAUAAAGGCUUGUCAUUGUUGUUGUCUUUUUAACCUCAAUUUCUGAGCAUUGUUUUUUGGUUUUCUGGUU